AUGACGCCCACAUUUUGGCUGAUCAUCCUUUUGAUGAUUUCAUUAAAGAAACAUCCUGUUCUGUGUGAAAAGAAAAAAUGCGCGUUCUUAUUAAGUGUAGUAAUAAGUAAAUACAACAACAGCAGUGGAAGCAGUGAAUCGAAUAACAACACGUCUUAUGCUACGCAAUCACAUUUUGUGAGAGAACAAAAAAAAAAAAAAAAAUUUAUUCAGAAUGGAAGGAAUUUAUUGCUAAACAGUAAGACGCCAAGUGUGUUAUGCGAGUUUAACGUAGAAGCAGAGAAGAAAAUUUAUUUUCACAACUUAUUUAAUUUGAGCUUGGUAGACGUAUUAACCAUUUUUAAGCUGCUACUGCAGCUGAGGAAAAUAACUUUAUACAAAUAUAAUAACAACAUAUCAUUUACAGCGAGGGGAGGAAAAAACGGAGACAACUCUUAUAAAAGCACAAUUCACACUUAUCUGCUAUUUUUAAAAACAUAUUUAUCGAGAAAUGAACAUGGAGAAGACGCGCUAUUAGAGGUGUUUAGGCGUCUCCAAUUUGAGAAGAAAACGGAAAAGCAAAUCGACGUUACGGCAAAUUAUGAUGGAAGGUGUAGUGAAGGCAUUACCACCGAUGGAUAUGUUCGAAAUGGGACAGAAGCACACCCCAAGUUGGGGGCUAACAAAGAAAAAUGCACCGUUAUGUACAUUUUAAAAAAAGUUAUUCGCAAGUUGAAUGUUGACAUAAGGGAAAAAGGUUACAUAAAUAAUGUGCGCGAUAAAUCAUUCCUAUUUAAAUUUCUUGUAAACAAAAAAAAAUUUCGCAUUUUAUCAUUUUAUAAGAAAAUAAAAGGGGUGUACUACUUGUACCGAAAUGUUAUGUACAUGCAGGUAAACAGACACCUGCAAAAAGACAUAGCACUAAUAAGCCUUGUAUCCACAAACAAAUCAUUCCUAGAAAUUGAGAAAAACAAAAUAUCAGUUGAUCCGUUUUACGUAAAAUAUUAUUAUAAAUAUCAUAUGAAUAAGUUGUUGCGCUUAUCUGAACAAUUGUUUCUCUUGGGGCGUAAACCCAUCGAGGAGAGCAACUUAAUACAUCUUUCACAAAUGAAAGCGUGUAAUGGCAUACAUGAGGAACUGCGUCCACGUCAGUUUUCUUCCCAGGAAAACAACCGCAUUUGGAGCCGUCAGUUUAUCCCAAAUGAAACAGAUAAUAAAAAUGGCAUACAACAGAACUCAGUAACGCGUUUGAAAAGAAAGGACGGCAUAAACAUUAAGGUGAUCAAUGUGUAUCUGAAUGGGAAAUUCUCCGUCGCGUUACCACUCGUCUUAACGUACAACAUAAACAAAGAUAUUUUUUACUUAAACGAUUUGUUCUACCUUGAUGGAAGCAAGUAUGAUGUGAGCAGCAUACUCACCCGAAGAGAGAUUUAUUUCAAUAAUUUAUCCUUUUUUGAGUGCAAAAAUUUCAGCUACCUGAACAAUGAAAAUAUUAUCCUAAAUAGUGACAACCUUCAUUUCGACUUAAAUUAUGUUCUCCUGUUUUACUACUUAUAUUUCAAUGAGGGGAAAAAAUUGUGCAUCCGUCGGCAUAUAAAUCCGACCUUUUAUUGUUACCACCCCGUAGGUAGUCAGAAAGGGGAGAAUAAGAAAAGGGUGCAAAGGAUUGUAUACCGGGCUGAUAAGAAUAUCCUAAAUUUCGUUUUUUGA